CACGAGGCCAACGAGACCAGCGCAUGUGCGCAGGUACAAGGAAUUCCCUUCUCUCCUGCUCAAUUUAGCGCUCGUUUUUCGACGUUUAUUUAUCAACAGGCGAUGGUGAUGAUAUGGGCUUCCAUGGGCUUGACCUCCGUUCUGCUUUCCAACAUUUCGGCGAUGCUGAUCUCGUUCAAAUUGUACCGAGACUGGGACUUCCGUGUGUCCAGCGUUCGUUGGUUAUUCCUCACGUUUUUCGUUUAUCUAUGGCUCUACACACUCGGACGUGCAAGUUACUAUCUCUGGGUCGUCAUGCUACCAAUCAAGGAAUUCGUAGACGGCAACAACGCCGUGCCAUACACAAGCAAACAAUUGGACCAGCUAGGAAUUUACGCUACGACAGAUCUCGAAGCAGCGCGAAGGUUAUUCCCGACUACAAUUUUGUGUUUCUGCGACGUCAUGCACUUUGCAGUAGCAUUUUGGGUAUUACCACUCAUCUACGAACUGUCAAAAAUCGCGGCGAAAUCGAUGGACAGAGGCACCGCCAAGGAAAAAGCCAAAAUUCGGAUGUAUAUUAUCGUGGGCCAUGGACUUAUUACCUGCUUUCUGGUCGCAGUGGUGAUUUUAAGUGUUAUUGGAGGUGGGUACUCGAGUUAUACCUACCGAUUAGCACUCGCCAUCUACGUCAUGCAGAUUAUCACGCUUGUGUACAUGGGUGUGGUGUUGUUCCUGCUGAAAUGUAAGGGGCGAGAUGUCGAGUCAAUCAACGGUAAGUUCCAAGCUUCACCAGUCUACAAGCGACUCAAAUGGAUCAUGUUUGCGUACGCGCUCUUUGCGCUCCAGUACGAGGCCACAUCACUCUUCACGUACGUGUACACACCUCGUGAUGAAGCAACGUUGAGCUACAUUGGCAUCAGUCAAGUCAUGUACAAUGCCACGGGUCUUGCCUUGGCUCUUUGUGCGGGCUGUAGUCUGCCAUGUACAUUACGGUUCUGCGGUUGCUGUAUCCCCGAUGAGAUUCUCGUUCAGCUUGUGGUAGAGUCCAACCGAGGGGAAAUUCCUUGCAUGACAACCCGUGACGAGACGGUGGAGCCUCCUGUUUUAAACCCGGUGUUUGUUGUGACGGAUAUCGAGUCGUCCAGUGCGUUGUGGGGUAUCGAUGACGGUAAGGUGAUGCAACGGGCGAUACAGGUACACGAUGAUACGCUGCGUUCACUGUUGACACCGUAUCGAGGGUACGAGAUUACUACGGCCGGAGACUCCUUUCAGCUGGCCUUCCACACGAUUCGUGAAGCCGUCUCGUACUGUUUGGAUGUCCAGCUUCAGUUGCUGGCCGCUGAAUGGCCCAAAGAGCUUCACGGUCUUGUACCAGCGACCAAGAAGCGACGAGCAGGCCACCGAGUCAUUUUCCGUGGAUUGCGUGUACGAAUGGGAAUUCACGAUGCUAUGGGCUCUGACGGACACCUUCACCAUAGCCCUCACGCUGUCACGGGUAAGACCGUCUACACUGGAGCGUCUGAGGUGAUCGCAAGCGAAGUGAGUGACGUGGGUGCUGGCGGACAGAUCCUCAUCACGCGACGAAUUGCUGAAUGGUUAAUGACCAACAAGGACGUUUUACCUAUGGAUUACUCUGUCGAUUACCUGUGCGACUACAUGGUCCCGCAAGUAAACAUGCACGUGGCAGUCUACGAAGUUCUGCCGGAAGAACUCGCUCGACGCAAGAAGAUUUUCGCGCAGGACCAGAACAGCCGAAUCCCGCACGUCGCGAACCGAUCAGCCUCGGGCUCCACUAUACUGGAGAGUGGCCUUGAGACGCCUCUGGGUUCACCCACAUCGUGGUUCCAGACUCCUCGUACUCCUCAACGAGUGAGUACUUUUAGAUCAUAGCUUGUUGUUAGUGAAGUAUAAUAUCCUGUACAGUAGCUUGUAGUGUUCGUGCUGUAAAAUAUUUCACAUUUUUCUUCUAUUCCGAACAAGAAGUUGCUACUUCAAGC